UCUAAUAAAACACCACCGGCAAAACCGACGACGACGGGACAGAGGCGAAAAUGUCGAAACAGGAUUUACGAGAAUCGUCCGUACCCUACACCCGACUCCCUCCAAAUCCUAACCACCAAAACGUUAUCGUUCUACCCGUCUAUUACCACCGCCCUUACGACAAUUUCCGUUGUCUCCGCCGUUGCCUCGCGAUCGCCUCCGUUGUCCUCCUCUUCUCCGCCGCUGCGUUCUUCCUUUACCCUUCGGAUCCAACUCUCGAACUAUCCCGUCUCAAACUCAACCACGUCGGGGUCCACUCGUCGCCUAAACUCACCCUUGAUCUAUCCUUUUCGUUGACCAUCAGGGUUCGUAAUAGAGAUUUCUUUUCCUUGGUCUACGAUAAGCUUAUCGUUUCGGUUGGGUAUAGAGGGAGAGAACUCGGAGUGGUGAGCUCGGCAGGAGGGCUCGUGAGAGCAAGAGGGAGCUCGUACGUGAAUGCCACGCUCGAUUUGGAUGGGCUUGAGGUUGUUCAUGAUGUGAUUUAUUUACUUUCCGAUUGGGUUAAAGGGGUUAUUCCCUUUGAUACGAAUACUAAAGUUGAUGGAGAUCUUGGCCUUUUUCUCUUUAAAAUUCCCCUCAAGGGAAAAGUAUCAUGUGAGGUGUAUGUGAAUACAAGUAACCAGACAAUUGUUCGUCAGCACUGCUAUGCUAAGUAAUUUGGUGGACAGUGCACCAAUAUAUACCAUUUGGGCCAGUUGAUGUACUAGGAGUGGGAAACAGACUCGGAUGCUGCUGUGAUUUGGUUCUUCAUUGGUUAUACUGUACAUGUGAAUGUAAAUGAUCAUAGUUCGGUUAUCGAACAAGGUUCUGUACCCCGAAAAUACUUUUUUCCUUGCUCAGCAAGUGUGUAUAACUAGGAAUUGUAAACCCAUGAUUGGAUGAUAUAUUCAACUCAGUUUUUUCUGUAGCUUACCUUCUGGUUCUAUAAUAUUGAGAUGCAAUUGAAUUUUUCUGAGAUUGAAUUGAGAUUCCAGCUUUGC